GAGGUGGAGACAAGUCACGUGACAUGUACCCCGGAAUUACCAAGCCCCUCGCUUCCUCAUCUCUUUACAUUUCUAUAUCAAUUUAUUUGUUUUUAUUUAUUAUUUAUUUCAAUCAGUGUGUACGGUUUAUAUUCAAGAGGCUUUGUAACAUCACGAUGCUUCCUGCAGCUGCAAUUUUCCAUUUACCCUGGGAAGUAAACUGUGGAAAACUGCAGGAAGGAGAAUCUGUGAGAACAUUUGGCAGGCUUGUCUGCUAUCAACCUGAGGAGUCCAGGGCUACGCUGUCAGCUCAGCAUGCCUCGAAAGAGCAUCGUGUGGUCGUCAACACCCAAUUUGUGGAGCCAUUUAACCCUAUAGUUGGAGCCCAAUACAUAGUUCUGGGUGAGAUAGAAAAUGAAGAGGAGGCUGGCGUGAUGGUCCGUGCCCGUGUGCUGAACUGUGUUGAUGGUGUAAACAUUCCCCUCCUACAGAAAGCCAUCACUGAGCAGAGGAGCUUCUUUGAGGAAAGAAAGUGCACACAAGGUGGUGCCUCACAACCCGCAGAUGCAACCUGAUCAAGGUCUUCAUUCAUCUAGCUUCCCUGGACUCACUUUGAUUGUUAGGCCUACAGUGCUGCCUCUUCAGCUGUCUGGUCAAGUAUAGAUUUCCUGCUUACCCCUGACCUCAACCAGGGUUUGAAUGAAUAUGAAUAUGUUUCAUUUUCUGCCCUCUCUGUCACUGCUGAGACAUCUGAUAAUGUGCCAUUUUAUAAGCUGUAACUUGUCAGGUUUCUCGAUGCCACUUUAUGGUCCAAUAUAAUUAAAAAAUGUAUAA